AUGGACGAAAUGAUCUUUCCGAACGAAAUAUGGUUGGAAAUAUUCAAAAACAUCGACAGACCGAAGUUAAUGGAGCUAAGAUUGGUAUGUCAUCACUUCUAUGACCUGAUAGAACACCUCUUGAACAGAGACCCGGCGUGGAUAGAAUUAACUAUGGAUACGAUAUUAUACGAAUGCCUAGAAAUGACAAUGCAGCGGGCAUAUCCCUACGAGCUGGUGUCCCAUUGGAUGGAUAUCCACGAUCCCGUGCUGUGGCGAGGGACAUAUUUAUCUUAUAAAAAAUGGCAGAAAGUUUUAGUCAAUUCGUACAAAACGGACACAAUCGACGCAAUGGCUAGUUUCGGGGAUAUUUCGUGUAUGUGUACCUUCGAUAAGUACAUAGCAAUUGCUUUUGAUAACGGUUUGAUUGCGAAUUACACUAUUGAUGACCUAAGUAAGCCAUUUUACGUAGCAAACCAUGGCAUUGAAAUAAUGCAGGUCGAAUUUUGGUAUUCUGACGGCAAUGUUAUGGUUGUAUCUCUUGGUGAGGACUGUUGCUUAAAAUUUUGGGAUCUUCAGAAUAGAAAUGAGGUAUCUAGUGAUGGUUAUUUCGCCAACAGCAUCAGCUCUGGUGAAUGCCGACAUUUCUGCAUAACCGAUAUGGGAGGAAUCCUGACCUCGUAUGAGAGAGUUGAUAACCAUGUAAUACCUGGGACUACACUAGACUUACACCUCAGAGAGAACCAACAUCUCAUUGCGCAUGUUAUUGACGGAAAGUAUAUGACAGCAAUAGCAUGGGAGGAAGGUGGUACUGUGCAGUUUCUGUACGAAGGAGUGAUUCAGGGCGGAAAGUUGAUCAAGUUCCAAUGGAUCCAGGUCAAAGAUUGGAAUCGAUUGCCGAAAAGUUUAGGUGCUUCAUUACAAAGGUUGACGAUGCCAACAGCUAUAUUCUUUUUUGCAAUUGGUGAAAACUGUAUUGGGUCGACUAAUUACUAUGAAGAUGUUUGGCACGAGUACAAGUUGGAACACUACUUUGGAUCCAGUGUCAAGUCAAUAGCAUUACACGCUCAAAUUCUGAUGUUUGGUCUGGAAGAUGGGUCCAUUCAUUUGCUUCAUAUUCCUCACUAUGGCCAUGUAAGGAAGUUGAAAAAGAGGAUAAAGCAAUCAAAGAAAAUUCAGGUUGAUACAGAGCCGAUAGUUGAUAUAACCAUUCUGGAAGUUGACAAGAAACCUUGCAUUGUUGCAGUCACUAAUCAAAAAGUUCAUUUGAUUAAUUUCUUUUAG